AUGUCCGAUCCGACAAAUUUCAUCGCCAAGUUCAUUAAACAGAAGACGACGGUGCGGAAGCGUGAGUUUGGGAAACAUUUGCAGACGUCAUUCAAUUUACUGCACGAUAAGGACAUCUGA